CGUGUAUUGUGAACCUUCGGCUGAAUCAUUUUUGAUGACGUCAUUGAUAUUGUACAACACCUCGCUUUCAAAGGCGAAGUUCCUUAAAGAACCUCAUUCUGCUAUUUUUUCACCAUGUCCGAGUAUGAAUUAGGCUCGAGAGGAGCCCUGAAGCUGAAAGGAGACGCCGGGAUUAAAAAGAAAAAAAAGAAGAAGGAUAAGGAGAAAAAGAUGAAGGUAGUAGAGGAGGCUAUCAAAGAAGAAGCUGAGAGGAAAUAUGAAGUGAAGCCGACCAAAGCUGAGCUUGCCUUUCAGAAAAUGCAAGAAAAAGUGGAAAUGGAAAGGAUAAAGAAAAAAGCUUCCAUGACUCACAAGCAGAGAGUCGAGGAGUUCAACAAGCAUCUUGACAGCCUUACAGAACAUUUCGACAUACCCAAAGUCAGCUGGACUAAAUAAAUUCACCUAUUUAUUUUAUAUUUAA